CCACUUGCCAACGGUCGCCUUAUCAGGCGUCCACUUAACCAGCUCCACCUAUAGAACAAUCGUCCAUUCCGGUCGCAAAUACCAUCACUAUGGCGAAUCCUCUAGAUACAGAUGCUGGCUCUGAGAUGUUCAGCAGCUAUGAGGCGGAGCUCAAACUGGUGCAGGCUGAUCUGAACCAGAAGCUCGAUCAGAUCGCGGAGGCAAGCGGGGAGGAAAGGAAGGCAGCUAUCAAACAAGCUGAGCGUGUUCUGGACGAGGCCAAUGAACUGCUCGACCAAAUGCGCAUGGAGAAGCAGAACAUCCCUUCUGCAGCCAGAUCCAAAGUCAACGUUCGCUUUCGCAACUACUCCACAGAUAUCGAUAACUUGAAGCGCCGCCUCAAGUCUCUUUCCGAUGACCGCAAGGCCUUGUUCGGAGACCGCUACACGGACGAACCAGACGUGCAGGAUCGGCAUUUGGAACAGAGACAGCAACUCUUAUCCGGUACGGAGCGCCUGGAGCGCAGCUCUGGCCGGCUACGGGACAGCCAACGGAUCGCUCUGGAGACGGAGGACAUCGGAAGAAACACGCUUGCGGAUCUCCAUCAGCAGCGCGAGACGAUCGAACAUGCCAGAGCGGGAUUGCUGCAGAGUGAAGGCUAUGUAGACACGAGCAUAAAGACGCUCAAGGGCAUGGCCCGUAGGAUGGCUACGAAUCGGAUAAUCACCAUCGCAAUCAUCACCGUUCUCGUGCUUCUCAUUUUCGCUGUCAUUUACAGCAAGUUCCACUGAGUCCUUCCUUUUACGUUUUUUUGGUUGACGGGCGUUCUCUGUAUAUCGGUUCUUACAUUGCGUUGGCCAGUUUGUCUUGCAGCAGCUUUUCAUAUUCGAGUCUUUGGAACAGCGCUACGGAAUGUUCUUCGUUUUGUAUGAUACAAACCAAGCCUUAUCAAUUGGCAUGAAUCAGGCAUGCUGAUGCCUUAAUUCCGAUAAACGCAUCACUAUGAAAUAUGAAUCAAU